UAUGAAUGAGCAAAUGGAAAAAUUAUUUUUCUUUUGAAUAUUCUCAAUUUAGUCGAACGUUUAAACUCAUGGUAAAAAGUUAUCGAGCAGAACGCACAAGUGUUAAAUGUAGAUUUUAAAAAAUAUAUUAAAAAAAUAUACUAAAACAUAUUUUGGGAACACACCACCACCACCUAUGAUUUAAUAAUUUUUACAUAAAUUUCAAUAUUUUUAUAUUUAAAAAAAAAAAAAAUCAUAAUAAUAAAAAUAAAAAACUAAGGAAAAAGCGAAAAAGCAAAAAAAUGUUUAAAUCAUCACAGGAAAUACGUUUGAAUACGGCGAAUGCCACUCAAUAUACGAAUCAGAAUGAUGAAAAUAAUGUUUGUAUUUUUGGAAAAUAUCUAAAAACACCAGACACUGAUAAAUAUUCUACUCAGCCGCCUCAAGUUUUUGUAGCCCCUGAACUUACAGAUCCCAAUAAAGUACAACUGUUACAUUUUCCCAAUGGAGCUUUACGCAUUAAUACAGAUGUCAAUUUCAUUAUUAAGAGAAAUGGGGUUAAAGGCAACUUUGAAGUUAAGUUGGAAAAUCCUUCAGGUCAUACAACCUAUGUUCCUUUAAAAAUUGUAGAUCCCGAAAGAUUUGAGGUUAGUUUUCCAUUAACCGAAGCUGGUCUCUAUAAAGUACAUAUCAAAUGUAAUUCAGUAUUACUACCCAAAUCACCGUACAUAAUAGUGGCUAUAAGUGGUAGUGAUUUGGACAAUGAUCAACAUAAAAUGGAGUUACCACAUUUCAAAUCGGAUGCUUCGAAAGUUAUACAUCGUGGUCUUGGCCUCAGUCAAAUCGUGUUAAAUGAGAAAAAUGAAUUUACUAUAGAUGGUUCAGAGGCUGGUAAUAAUAUUUUAUUUGUGGGUAUAUUUGGUCCUAAGGGACAAUGCGAUGAAGUCGUCAUUAAGCAUAUGGGUAAAAAUGUUUAUAAAGUUACAUAUCAGGUACAAGAUCCUGGUGAUUAUCUAUUGGCUGCCAAAUGGGGUGAUGAUCAUAUAACUGGUUCGCCGUUUUCUUUAAGUACCCUGUAAAAUUUAUGGUAAAUUCAAGUUAAUACUUAGUUUUUAAAAUAAUUAUUAUUAAAUAGUUGUAGAAUAAAUUUUGAAAAAUUUAGUAAUUCCCA